GUUCACACGACCAUCGCAAAAAAAACGAUCGAAAAAUGUCCGCCAACCAGAACGAGAACAUUUCCCCGCUGCUGUCCGGAAUUCCCCAACGGGCCACAGGAAUGGCCAAACGGAUGCCCCUGAGGCUGUCCAUUCCGGCCGGUGGCAAGACGUACAAGCUGGUGGAACCGAACCAACCCAGCACGGCACCGGUCAACUCGAUGAGCAAACCCUUUGGGGGGUCCAAGUUUAACCACACGCCGGAGUUUGUGGUGACCGGAAGUAGUCCGCUGGCCAACGGAGUGGGACGGUUUGGACCACUGGCAUCACAGCACAGCAGGUUGGGGGAUUUUGAGGAGAUGGACGAUGGGUUUAUGCUGGGGUCGCCGCUGAUCACCGGAUUCGACAGCAACGGUUCGCUGCAGAUGGGAAGCCUGACGGCGAGUCCAGAGCACUCUCCACUGAUCAGCCAAGGCACCACCGGAAGUACUCCGUCAAUAUCACAUCAUCUACUGCCACCACUCGGUGGCUUUCAUCAGCAUCAGCACUUUGGCGAGAUGUCCGACCUGGCGGCCGACACGGGAAGCCCGGGAGGAACGAUGAUCGGACCGCCUACGCCACCGACCCGUGGCCUGUUUGGAUCGUCGAAUGCAUCAUCUUCGUCAUCGCUGGCCUCGGCGGGAACGGCAUCGACGGCGAUGACCAGCUCGGCCGCACAGGAGCUCCUCAACAGCAGCACCAGUUCCAGCAGCAAAGUGUCCUCCACCAGCUCCACCUCUACCACGUCUCGUAUGGCCAAAACGUCCUCCACGCAGCGCCUCAUGUCUUCAUCCCUCACCGCGUCGUCGUCCUUGUCCUCUUCCUCCUCAAAGCAGUCCUCCUCCAGCUCGUCCAGUUCGGCGGCCGCCAUCAAGCAGGGCCUGGGCGAAAUGCAAAACUCGAUGGCCGAAAUGAAAAACAUGAUGGGUCACUCGACUGCCAGCAGCCAGGUGUCCACGUCCUCCUCCUCGACGAUGUCCGCGUCCUCUUCGUCGAGCCAAAUCAAAAAGCAACACAUCACCGGAAGCUCGUCCAAUCUGACCGAACUUCAAAAGAGGCUUCGCUCCUCGAUGGAUAGCUUGGACGACCCCAACCCGGACUACCAGGUGACUCAUCCGGAUUCGGACGGCGAGAUGGGUGGCUCGGUCAUAAUGAUGAAGCCCCCAAAUGGAAUGGUCGUGCCGCAGAACGGCACCAUGAUGAACGGAGGCGGGUCGUCGGUCCUGUCCACCGGGGACACGGUCAAGUUCGAGCAGAAGCAGACCACGUCGGAAUCAAAGACCAAAGUGGUCACCGAUGGGUUCAGCAGCGAGCAGGCCACCGUCAAUUCGGCCUCCAGUAAGAUGCUGCAAGCUGGGGACGUCGAGUAUAAGGAGCAGACGGGCCUGGCCGCGAUGAGCAACACGCUGGAGGUGGAUGGGGUUAAAACGGAGGAGAAAGGUGCCCUGUUGAAGGAAGCACGAUCCCUGAAGAUGGGCGACUUCCAGCAGGCCGAAGCGAACAACAUUGCGGCGCACAGCGUCAAGGUGUCGAGUGACCACUUCAGUGCGGAGAAGAAAGCCAUCAGUCAGGCCCAGCAGCGGCAGACCGUUACAGCGAGCGGAGUGUUCAACCAGGAGAAGACCGUUUCGUCGGCCACGCAGAGCAAGUUUUCAUCGCACAGCAUGGUCAGCUCGUCUUCGCAGAUGAGCACGCACUCGUCCUCGAUGAACGGAACGAUGACGAUGGGUGAGGACUUUCCUUCGUUUGAGGAUCUGGAGCGGAUUAGUGGGAAUCCGGCGGAGAUCGAGAACGCGAUCCACAAGUACUCGUCGCACAUGACCAAGUACGUGGAGAAUCUGCACAACGGAGAGCAGCUGAAGAAGGCGCCGAAUCUGCUGAACACGAUGAACGAAAUCAUUCGGCGUGCCUGGGCUGUUCCGACUCAUGGCCAUGAGUUGGGAGCUAGCCUGUGUGACACGCUGCGAACGACGGGCGGGUUGGACAUCUUGAUGAAGAACUGUGUGGACUCUGAUUCGGACGUUCAGUUUAGUUCGGCGCGACUGCUCGAGCAGUGUUUGACGACGGAGAAUCGCUCGCACGUGGUGAAGAACGGAUUGGAUAAGGUGGUGAAUGUGGCCUGUGUGUGCACGCGGAACAACGCAACGGAUCACUCCCGCGUUGGAACGGGAAUCUUGGAGCAUUUGUUCAAGCACAGUGAGGACACCUGUUCGAACGUGAUUCGUCUGGGUGGUUUGGAUGCUGUGCUGUUCGAGUGUCGAAAGAACGACGUUGAAACGCUCAGACAUUGCGCCGGAGCACUCGCCAAUCUGUCCCUGUACGGCGGGGCUGAAAAUCAGGAAGCUAUGAUCAACCGAAAGGUACCGUCCUGGCUGUUCCCGCUCGCCUUCCACCACGACGAAAACAUCAAAUACUACGCCUGCCUGGCGAUCGUCGUUCUGGUCGCCAACAAGGAAAUCGAAGCCGAAGUCAUCAAGUCCGGCACGCUGAACCUCGUCGAACCCUUCGUAACGUCCCACAACCCGUCCGAGUUUGCCAAAAGCAACCUAGCGCACGCCCACGGCCAAAGCAAGCACUGGCUCGAGAGACUGGUGCCCGUACUAAGUUCGAAACGUGAAGAAGCUCGCAACCUGGCCGCAUUCCACUUCUGCAUGGAGGCCGGAAUCAAAAAAGAGCAAGGCAACACCAACAUCUUCAAGGAGAUCGGCGCCAUCGAACCCCUCAUCCGUGUCGCCAGCUCCCCCAACGCCAUCGCCUCCAAGUUCGCCGCCCAAGCCCUCCGACUCAUCGGCGAAGAAGUCCCGCACAAACUGUCCCAACAAGUCCCACUCUGGAACACCGAAGAUGUCCGCGAGUGGGUCAAACAAAUCGGCUUCACCGAGUACGAGCAGAGCUUCUUCGACUCCAAAGUCGACGGCGACCUGCUGCUCCAGCUGACCGAGGAAAACCUCCACAACGACAUCGGCAUGACCAACGGCAUCCGCCGCAAGCGCUUCGAGCGCGAACUUCAAAACCUCAAACGCAUGGCCGACUACAGCUCGCGCGACUCGGACGGCAUGCACACCUUCCUGUACCGGAUCGCACCCGAGUACACCAUCUACACGUACGCCAUGCUGAACGCCGGCGUCGAGCUCGAGUCCAUCAAGGAUCUCGACGACGACCAGCUGAUCGCCGAGUGCAACAUCAAAAACUCCAUCCAUCGAUCCCGUAUCCUGAACGCGAUCAAGAGCAACGAAAUCAUCUCCACCACCUCAGAAAAGAGCACCGAAAAGAACCUGGACGUGUUUGUGAGCUACCGCCGCAGCAACGGCUCCCAGCUCGCGUCCCUCCUUAAGGUGCACCUCGAGUUGCGGGGCUUCUCCGUCUUUAUCGACGUAGAGCGGCUCGAGGCGGGCAAGUUCGACAACAAUCUGCUGCAGAGCAUCCGGCACGCGAAGCACUUCCUGCUGGUGCUGACGCAGGACGCGCUCGAUCGGUGCAUCGAGGACGGCGAGGGAAAGGAUUGGGUGCACAGGGAAAUCGUCGCCGCCCUUAACUCGGACUGCAACAUCAUCCCGAUCAUCGACAACUUCCAGUGGCCCGAGCCGGAACGCCUGCCGGAGGACAUGCGCGGCGUUUGCCACUUUAACGGAGUCCGGUGGAUCCACGACUACCAGGACGCGUGCGUGGACAAAUUAGAAAGGUUCAUGCGCGCCGAAACCAACCAGCGUGGCAGCCCGAUGGACCACUUUCGCAACCUGCUGAACCGGCCGGCCGGCGACUCGACGCCGACCACGCCCACCAUCUACCAGCGGAUGCACAGCAACGAUUCCGGCAAGAGCAGCGACAAGGAGAACCGUAACUACGAAUGACUAGAGGGGCUCCCGUCGGGCGGUUGUUCUUCCAACGGCAAUCGGUACCGCAAAUCGUCGAGUCCGGCGCGCCAUCCGCCGGGCAGUUACGCCACGACGGGGCGGACAUCGCGCUUCCCGAACGCGCGUCCCCCCGGCAAUCUGAUGCGGAACCUGCGCCACUCGGAGAUGCGCCGUAGUUCGGCGGCCGGUCUGAGCGGGGCCAGCGCCCAGCGACCUCCGUUGCCACCAAAGAUCGAAACGCGCUGCCACAGCUACGACGGCCUACUGGGCGGCGGCGGCGACGAGUCGAAGAAACGAACAACCCCCGAAGGGAGAGACGCCGUUGAUGCCGCAGCGGCGCCGUCCAAGAGUCAACCCGUCCCGCUUAGGGACGACCCCGCGGGCAAAUCUGCCGCACCACCGGAAGAGUCCAUCAAAGCCAAAAACCGACGAUCUCGCAGCAUGGAUGAUCUCUUCGACGACGACGGUCACCACGCGACGGCCGUCGCAGACUUUCUCGAAAACACCCAAAGCAUGGAGAACCUGUCGGAACCACCGCUGCCGGCGGUUCCAACCUCCCCUCCGCCACCACCGGAUUCCCCCGUGCCAAUCAUGGGCGGCGGCGGCAACAUCUGCCUGAACCGACGCUUCAUCGAACCCACCGUCGAGUGCCGAUCGUCGGACACGGCUUCGCCCGAGUCCUGCUACGAGGAACCGUGCGAGAACGAAGUCAUCACCGUGGACAGUACGCCACGGCGCGAGGACGAUGCCGUGUCGACGACCUCCUCCGUCGCGAGCGGAACUGGCAAAAAGACCAGCAGCAACAACCAGACAACAAGCCCGUUCAUCAACAAGUACGUCAAGAAGGUCAAGUCACUGAUGAAAAAGUGAGGGGGCGCGAGCGAGCUCGAAUAAUGUGAUUUUAUUUCCACCCAACAAAGAAAGGAGGUGGAAACGACGAAUAUAUUAUUAUUUUAAAACCUGUUAUCAACUAAUUAGAGUCUAAAUGCUUGCUUUAUGAAUGUGUUAUCGUACCUGUGCGAACCUAUUUGUGUUGAGUAAAAAAGUAAAACGAACUACUUUUUAGUGAUGUAAAUCUAAAUAUGUUGAACAUAAUGUUAUCUAAAACACUGACGAAAAUGUGAAUUGUGAGAAUAAACUAGACUUAAAAGAAAACAUGUGAAUGUGAUUGUUUCGCGUUCGUGCGAGUGUAUUGAGUAAAAUAUAUUAUUUAACUCUAGGCGUACAAGCUGUAAGAAGCAAGAAGGAUAAGUAUUUAUAACAAAUAAAAGCCUAGACAACGAUAAGAAUCAAAACAAUAUAGUCACAGAAAACAUCAUUUAUUUCCAAUAUUUAUAACCACGACGACGACUACCAUUGCUAGAGAAUAGCCUUCUAGAAAAUAAGUUUUACAUAAUUCUGAACAAUAUUUACUGCAAAACUUCACACUUUAACAAGCAAUGUAAAAACAAGCAAAAUCAAUCACAAACAACUUGUAUUCUUUCAACACUUUGCUUAAGAUGUUUUAAUCUCUACUUAACGAAGCAACACAACUACAUGUAAGAAGAUGCAGUGAAAAGCUAGCUCUUUUAGAAUUGUACACACAAUCAUUGAGAAAUAAAGUAAAAAGCUAAACAAAUACUGCGUA